AGGGAUGGUGUUUCAGAGGAUUACGACAAACAUAAUCCAGAGCACAAGCAGAUAUAUAAAUUUAUAAGGACUCUGUUCAAUGCCGCUCAGCUUACUGCUGAAUGUGCCAUCAUAACGUUGGUUUAUCUUGAACGCCUACUUACUUAUGCAGAAAUAGACAUAACACCGGCCAACUGGAAACGUAUAGUACUGGGAGCUAUUUUAUUGGCGUCCAAAGUUUGGGACGAUCAGGCGGUGUGGAAUGUGGAUUACUGUCAAAUACUGAAAGACAUCACGGUGGAAGAUAUGAACGAAUUAGAGAGACAGUUUCUGGAGAUGCUGCAAUUUAACAUAAAUGUUCCUUCGAGUGUGUAUGCCAAAUAUUAUUUCGAUCUUCGUACACUCGCGGAAGCGAAUGAAUUAACAUUCCCUAGCGAACCACUUAGUAAAGAAAAGGCGCAGAAGCUGGAAGCUAUGUCCAGAGUUUACGAAGAUAAGGUCACAGCCGAGGCUCUACGUACCGGUAUUAAAAAGUGGUCCAGCUUAGACAAUGUGUGCAUAGGCGGACCUAGACGUAGCAUUGCUAUUUUAUCCUAAACAUAUGUAUGGAUAUAAACGGAUGUAAACACACGCAAGGUUACUGCUCCGAUUUUAAAUGGAGAUUCUACUGUCCGGGACCUUAUAAUGUGGAUAUGACAAAGCAUACGAGAAUGUGAGGCGUAUUGAAACAAAGGGUGAGAAAGAAAAAGUUUUUAGUCGUAGCAUUAUCUGUACUGUCCUUAUGGGAGAAAAUAACUUGUGAUAUAUAUUAGUCAACUAUUCAUUAUC